CUGCAUUUUUACAACUCAUCUCUCUGCUUCGACGGUCGGUCUUUCGUUACAAUGGGCGGGCUUCAAAAUUUUCUGGAGCCGGGAGCCAUCAUCGCGGUUUUCACCACAGGAACCCUGAUCAACCGACGCAAGCAUGUCAGAUUGCUGGAAAGUCCCAGUGUCGAAUCACCCCUGCUCGAGAAUGGUCCUGAAGAUGUUAAACCCAACAACUACGACGAGCGUUCGCUCCGCGACCGCCGGACACCCCAAUCUCGCCUUCUAGCACAUUUCCCCUUUCUUUUGGAGAUCCUGUACUGGCUGCUCACAUAUUGGAUUUAUCAAGGUUUACGAGCAUUCUCCGCUCGGAUGAUCAGCGGGCACAAAGAAAUCUUCGACACCGCGGAGCGUCAUGCUAUCUCAAUCCUCCGCCUGGAGCACUUCUUCCACCUCGACGUCGAAUUAUCAGUCCAGCAAUACGUACUCAACCAAGUCCCAUGGCUUAUGCCCAUCUUGGCGCGCGUAUACUACUCGCAUAUCGUUCUUGGAGUGGUAUUUGUGGUAUAUUGUUAUACCUUUGUCCAACGCGACAAAUACCAAGCCCUCCGACGCACCUUGGCAUUUGAGAAUGUCAUUGCCUUCACAAUCCUUACUCUCUGGAGGUGCAUGCCUCCGCGUCUUCUCCCUGAGGAGUAUGGGUUUGUCGAUGUCCUGCACAGCAAUAAGGGUGGCUCGGCUUGGACACAGAACAAGUUUCAGCUCACGAUUGCGGCAAUGCCUUCCCUUCAUUUUGGAAAUUCCAUGUUCAUCGCGCUUUGCCUGCUCAAAUUCAGCCCCCACUGGUACUUAAGGGCGAUCGCGCCGUUGUGGCCGAUGAUGAUGGGGCUAACGAUCGUGGCAACCGCGAAUCACUUCAUUUUGGACGCUGUCGUUGGUGCAUGUGUGGUACUUACAGCUUUCAGGUUCAACUACAUCAUGCUCAAGCUGCUACCGAUAGAGAGGGCGGUGUUUAGAUUACUUCGCUUAGAGAAGCCUUGA